AUGCUUCAAUGGAUUCGUAUAGAGGCCUCCAAACUAGGAUUAAGUGUGGUUAUCGGAAUGUCCGAUAACGGUUCUGAUAGAAGAUGUGCUUUUGUGACAAUGACGUGCGAAAUAAGCAGGAAAUAUAGAACUCAACUCCGAAACUUUAAACGAGACGACACAGGUUCAAGAAAAUGUGAGUGCCCCUUUAAGAUGUGUGGUUAUAUGUUGACAAACAAUAACUUGAUAUUUAAUGUCAUAUGUGGUUUGCAUAACCAUGAUUUGUGUGAAAAGUUAGUCGGUCAUCCAAUUGUGUAUCGACUCAGGCGGGAAGAGAAGGAAUGUGUUGUUGACAUGACUUUGAAUUUGGUUCAACCGAAAAAUAUAUUUGCAACUUUGAAACUUAAAAGACCUGAAAAUAUCUCAAAUAUCAAGCAAGUGUAUAAUAUUAGGUACCAAAAUAACAAGUCGCUUAGGGGAGAUAGAACUGAAAUGCAACAACUCUUGACACUAUUGGAUGAUAACAAUUAUGUGUCUAGGUACCGAACGUGCGAGGAUGAAGUUACCGUUAGAGAUAUAUUUUGGACUCAUAUUCAUUCCAUAAAGUUGUUCAACACGUUUCCUACUGUGCUCAUACUUGAUUCAACGUACAAGACCAACAAGUAUAGACUUUCAUUAUUAGAGAUGGUUGGUGUUACCUCAAUUGAGAAGAUCUAUUAUGUCGGAUUUGCAUUUCUAGAGAGCGAGAAAGAGAAGAAUGUUACUUGGGCCUUAGAGGUGUGUCAGGAAAUGUUGAAGGACCAAGAUGAGAUGUCUAAAGUGAUUGUUACCAACCGCGAUAUCGUCUUGAUGAAUUCGGUUGCAAAUGUAUUUUCUAUUUCUUAUGCACUACUUUGUAGAUGUCACAUAACAAAGAAUGUGAAAAGUCGGGUUAAACCUGUGGUUGGGACAAAACAGAUAGAGCCCAAAGAUGAAAAUAUGGUGAAGGUGAGUGUGUUUGUGGAAAGAAUAAUUGAUGCAUGA